CCAACUCUCCACGUGACUCCUAUUCAAUGGGGUUGAUGCAAUCUUUACGAAUGCUAAACAUGAGCCGGCUAUAAUGAUCCAACCGAACACCCAUCGUUUUUAACAGAGAGACAUUUUUAACAAAUUGGGGAUGUCUUUAAAGUGUUCGCCGAGAUUUUGGUGGAGUGUUCAGGUCAAGGUAUUUGUGAUCUGCCGAGCAAUGACACCGUGGAGUUAGGUGGAAGCUGUAAUUUCAACAAUGGCGGAUGUGGAUACUUGUUCCCGGCUUCGCUUUGGAAUGUCCACACAGAAAGCUUUGGUGGCUUGAUCUAUGGUAAAAUACGCGGCGAUGAAGGUACGAGCCAGACGUUUGCCUUGUUCCAGUCCAACGACCCGGCACUGAACGAUUCCCUGAUUGUUAAUAGCAGUAUCGUUACACCAAAUAUCUAUACCAGUCCGGUUUGUCUCAAGUUCUGGUUCCUUAUGCCCAAUCAGAACUCGAGACUCGAGGUUUAUACGGUACAGUCACGUGAUAACAAGACCGACUCGGUGUAUACGCAUGUUUAUAGCCCGGCUUCACAGUGGGCGGAAGUGAAAGUUCUUGUAAAUGCGAAUGCUCCUUAUAAGUUCGAGUUUAGAUCAACCAAGGAAAAUAGUUACGGAUACGUCGGUAUUGACCAUAUUCAAAUCUUAACAGAAAAGGUCAUAACUACUGAGUCAACGACAACAACAACAAUUGCAACGACGACAACAACAACGCCUACAACAUUAAUGACAGUUACGACAACAACACAAAGACCUAUUGAAACAACAGAAGAAACAACAACAAAACAAACCACGACGGAACAAGUAACAACAACAACAACAGACGCUCCGACUACACGCGAACAAACAACUACCGAACAGACGACAUUAGUAACAACAACAGAAUUAUUAACCACUGUUAAAAAAGUGCUAACGACUAAGGGCAUAGUAAGGUUACCGUCAACAACACCAGAAAUAACAACAGAAUUUCAUCCAACAACAGAGAAUUUACAAACAACAGGGUGUUCUUGCAAGUGUCCCACUGUACCAACUGUAUGUGCUGGCGAUGGGCCGCCUACCACAAAGCCGGUUUCGUCACCAACCUUUUGUGAUGUUCCGGCAGACCAGCGGUCAGUUCUUGACCAAUACAGUUGUAAUUUUGACCAUGGAACGUGUGGGUUCAACAUAUCAACCUACCCUCACUUGUGGGAACUAGCCUCACAACGAUAUGGGGACCCGACUGUCGGGGAAAUAGUGGGAGACCACUCGCUUGAGGCGUUAGGUGGUUACCUUCUUUUCAAUACGUACAAUAACCACGUGCAAAGCGGCAUGGAGCACGUGUUUCUCUCUCCAGUUCUGCUCCCGUUUACACAAUAUUGUGUGACUUUCUGGUACAACAUGCCGAACAAUGAGUCUCGUCUGCAACUGACAGCUGCGUUCGAUAACGGAACCAGACAGUUGCUAUGGAAACAGGAAAACCAAAAGACGAACGGCUGGACAAAAGUGAAAAUAGCAUUCAAGGAGAACUCGAAUUUCAGACUUCAGUUUGGAUCCAGGAAGGACGAUAGAGAAGGUUUUCUUGCGGUUGAUGACAUUCAAGUCUCCGCCGCGAAAUCACGUUUUCCACGAGAAAUUAGAAUGAGACAACUUGCAAAUUUGAAUGGUAUCUUGGCAGAUGACACUUCCGGUUGUACAUGCACAUGUCCUGCUUAUCACGUUAUCGACUGUGAUAAAUCUACUCUGUCACCGCCAUAUGGUCGGUCCUGCAAAGAUUUUACCGGUGCAAAUUUGGUGAAAGAUGCAAGUUGUGAUUUCGACGGUGGGAAUUCCUGCAAGUUUACACUUCCGGUAUAUCCACAUCUCUGGGACAUCCUUGAAUAUCAUUAUGGAAACAGCACACUCGGAAUUAUAAGCGGAGAUGUAACAAAAGAAAGUGCGGGGAUGUAUGCAGCGUUUACAACAAAUGAUUACCGCGUGCCACUCGGAGAGGGCGGUGACAUGACGUCUAUUCCCGUAUUGCACCCUGGGAAACUCUGCCUCAGCUUUUGGUACAAUAUGCCGACUGAUACUUCCUCCAUUACGGUAUUCCGGGAUACCGGAAGUAACAGAACUGUGAUAUGGUCAAAAUCUCACGAGAUUUUGAAAGGAUGGCAACAAGCAACUGUUUUACUGAACGGAAAUGAAACCUUUCGAAUAGUGUUUUCUUCCAAAAAGACAAGUAUGGCUGGAUACUUUGCUAUUGAUGACAUCCAGUUGUAUAGCAAUGUGAAAACUCUCUGAAAUGUUUACUUUAUUGGUAUCAUGUAUUUCAAAUAUAUAUAAUCACGUGUAUAUAAUGUAUUAACACAAUAUUAUAUAAGGACGCUGUGACAAUGGAUUCACUGUUCAUCGCCUAGUGCAACAAAAAAU